ACUACAGCCACAAUUUCUACAAACCACAAGACUACAAAAGACGCUCGCCAUGAAGUUGUUGACGUUUCUAGCCGUGGUAGUCACGGACAUUCUUCUCUGUCAAGGAAAAGUGGACAACGCAUGUGGAUGUGAAAACGACCUGCUCCUGUGUGUUAAAGCGAUUUCAAAAUCGAAAUCAUGGAGGCUCGCCUUUCGUGGGACGGCUAACAUUGGAAUUCCCGUCCUCCCUGCUUAUAUGAACGGUACUGGCGUUCCAGAGAAUGUUGACCCCAGAUGUAAAAUGGUGAAGAAACCUUGGAACUGCGCCAGCCACUACAGGAACAAUGAAGUGUUUGACAACUGGAAUAAUGUUAGUGAGGUCGCUUUCGUCGUCUACUCAAACUACACCGUCGUCAAAGAAAUUUUGUUCGACGCCGUGGGUUCGACUUACAUGAACUGGUUCGACAAGUCCAGGGUCAAGUUUUCAUCCUGGGACAGCCUCAACACAGCCAACACUAAUUUCUUUUCCAUCCCAGGCCACAUUCUAUAUGAUACUCCGGUAUCGAGAUCAUUUUUUAUCAACGGGAUCUACGGCGGUUGCAGCUUAGACGUGGGCUGGUUUGUGGCCCUAGACAUGGCCAAAGGAUAUUGUGACUGGGAGAAGGUUCCGACAUUUCCGGUCUUCAAAUACGCCGACAGCUACCACGAGGAGAAUUGGACCAAUGGGAAAGUUGCUAAUGCUGACGUCAUCGCCGUCUAUGUCAACUGCUAGACCCAGUAAUGUGUCUCCAUUGAUGUGAAGAAGCUGACCAACCCUUUGGACACU